AUGGCCACGGAAGAGCCGAUAUCCGGUGAUGAAGAGCCAAAGCUGAAUCUUGAUAACACAGAAUCGACCAGUACGAUGCCUUCGCCGUUCUCUGAAGUCGAUGGGAGUAAAAGAAGAAAGAGGUACACGACUGGUAGUGAUUCAGAAAUCUAUGAAGGCGAGUUUGAAGAUGGUUUUGAAGAUUCUGAUUUUGAACGAAGUAGAGAUAUGUAAGUUUAUAUUUUUUGGUUUUUAUAAUUUUAGGUAACGGAACAAGACUGGAUUUUCAGAAAUGAAGUUAAAAUCUUUUGAUUUUAAUUUGAGGCAGAAAACUGUUGUUUUAGUCAUUAUUCAUUCAAUUUAGGUAACAGUUUAUCAAACUUAGGAUUUUAAGCACGGUUUUUGUAUGUUAUAGGCUACAAUUGAGGUAGCAUGAGUAACUACAAUAGUUCUAACAUCUUUUUAAAGUUUAAAUUUUUUAGUUUAUCAAGAAGUCGAACAGAUUUGGAGCGGCUACAUUUUAGAUACGUUAAUGAACGUGUGGUAAAUGAUGUUACAUUGGAAGUGUUUUAUAAACCUCAUACGAUAUCAGUACUUGCUUUACUUGGAGUUUACUUGAUCUACUAUGCUUUUUGGGAGUAAGUAUUUUGUGCUUUUGGCAGGUACGUCUCCAGGCUUGGAUCCAGGUACUACAAUAUUGUUAACUUUUCACCGUAACCUCUUUGAAAAUUGAUAGAAACAUAAAAUUUUGGUCUUUAGAGACGACGGACAAACUGAGCACAAUGUAUAUUUUGGCAUGAAGGCCAUGGGCGGGUUAUUUUUGGUGAUAUCGGCUAUGGCAUUUCCAAACGGGCCUUUUGUUCGACCACAUCCGAUUAUCUGGAGGAUUGUCUUUGGAGUGUCGGUUCUUUACGUUAUGUUGUUACAAUUUACAUUGUUUCAAACUUAUGACGACAUUAAGAAAGUUUUAACGUGGUUGGACCCAAAAGGUCUUGGGCAGGCGACUUUAAAAGAGAAGGUAAGGUUUUGGUGGUGAUAAUGGUUUAGGUUGGAGUUGUGGUUGCCUUGAAAUAGUUUUAAGCGUCAUUUCUAAUAAAAAAUGGUAUAAAAUCCUCUUUUCGAAUGAAAAUUGUCAUAAACUUCCCAUUUGUAAUCAAAAAUAUCAUAGAAUCCACAUAUUUUCAGGACUACGCCGUAAACUGCCAUCAUGUAACUCUGGAACGUCUUUGGGGAAUGAUGGACAUUUUCGCCGUAGGCCAUUUCCUAGGUUGGGCCAUGAAAGCCCUCCUCAUUCGUCACUCCAUCAUCUGUUGGUAUAUCAGCAUAGCCUGGGAGCUGACAGAGAUCGUCUUCACCCAUUUGUUACCUAAUUUCCAAGAAUGCUGGUGGGACGCCAUCAUUCUCGAUGUUCUCGUAUGUAACGGCCUCGGGAUCUGUUUCGGCAUGUGGGUAUGCAGGAUUCUGGAGAUGCGGAUUUUCCACUGGGAAAGCGUGAAGAACAUCAGGACGGCCAAAGGCAAGUUCAUGCGAUCUGUGAUGCAAUUCACGCCGGAAAGCUGGAUUCGUGUGGAUUGGUUCAAUUCCUUUGCGUUGAGAAGGUGUAUAUCGAUAUAUGCCUUUAUCAUGAUAUGGUUAUUGAGUGAACUGAACACCUUUUUCUUAAAACAUGUGUUCGCGGUCGAUACGACACAUCCCGUGGUAUUCUGGAGGCUUAUUUUGAUUGCUCUGAUCUCAGCACCUAGUAUAAGGUAAGGUUUGGCAUAGCAUUGAGUGUUGGAGUUUGGAAAUGACAUAAAAUCCUCGUUUUUAAUGAAAAAUGGCAUAAAAUCUUUAUAUCAAUCUAAAAAUGUCAUAAUUUUCAAUUUUCAGGCAAUACUACCUCUACUGUACAGACCCAAAAAUCAAACGUUUAGGAAUGCAAUGCUGGGUAUAUCUGGCGGUGUGUUUGUUAGAAAUGGCAAUUUGUGUCAAAUUUGGCCGACAAAUCUUGCCAAGAAUGAAAAUAUUCUUGAUCACUGUCUGGAUAUUGAUCUUGGUAUGAUUUUUUUUGUUUUUAACUAUAUAUUGAAGAAGUUAUUGUCCUUUACAGUGUAAUAGUAACUAUUAUGUUGUUCAAAUAAUUCUGUACCUCUUGCCUCGAAAAUUUGCUUGGGCUUAGAAUUAAUUGAACAACCUAAUAACAAGGAAGGCUUAUGUGACAGCCUUUCACUAUUAGAUAGCCUUUGACUAUACGGUAGCUUAGUACUAUGUGAUAACCCUUUUACUAUUUGAUAGUAAACAGAUUUUUUACAUGUUUUUUGCCUUGCUUUGUAUUAAAAUGUGUAUUUUAGAUCAUUGGUACAAUCGGGUGCAUUUGGUUAUCAGUAAAAUGGGCUAAAUAUUCGGUAAGUUAAUAUUUUUGGUGUAAAAUACGACUCAUUAUUAUAUUAUUAGUCAGGGUAAAAAUUUUUUGUAAUAACUUCUAUAUAGAAUACCGUGUCUUUACCCUACCUUGCCCUAGCUUUCCAUAUCUUACCCUGCUUUACCAAACCCUACCCUACCUUUCCCUAGCUUACCAUAUUUUACCCUACCUUACCCUACCUUACCCUAUCGUGCCUUAACUUAUCCUAACUUACCAUAACUUACCUUGUUCUACGUUAAUAUUUACAGUACACAAAGAAGAUCUCAUACAAAGGCAAAACCGAGAACUGUUACCUGGACUCGAGUACGGAAAACCUCGGUGCCAUUCAGGAUGACGUGGUGAAACGGCGCAAAAAGCUUCAAAUUAAACCGCCACGAGGCGUGGCAAAGAAAUCUCAAUAG